GCUUAGAGGCGGUGGGGUCGUGGGUGUCGGGUGGGGUCUGGAAAAUGUCGUACGUCCGGGCAUCAAGGAAAAUUUUACACUUUUGUGCGGUGAAAUCAAAGCAGUGUUCCACUCCAUGCCGGACAUAUGGUCUGGGCCCUGCAUUAUGGGUGGCCAGGACCGAGCUGGCUUCCCUCCGACCCGCAGAGGUCACCAGGAGGUGGCAAGCUAGUCCAGGCAGCCGUACCAUCCGCACAUCAGCCAUACUUGGUGGUGAGGUGAAGGUGGUACAGGUGCCUGCGUUCGCCGAGUCUGUCUCUGAGGGUGAUGUGCGCUUCGAGAAGGCGGCCGGCGACUCCGUCAAGGAAGACGAGGUGGUCGCCGAAAUCGAGACUGACAAGACGUCGGUGCCGGUGCCGGCGCCCGUCGCUGGCGUCAUCCACGAGCUGCUGGUGGCAGACGGCUCCACCGUGAAGCCCGGCACAGACCUGUUCAGCAUCGAAGUGGGCGCAGCAGGCGGUGGUGCCGCGCCAUCUGCGCCCAAGAAGUCCGAGGAGCCUGCUGCGAAACCCGAACCGUCCGCCGCCCCCGCAGAGGAGAUCCCUAAGGAUGUGCCGGCAAAGGAGGCUCCGAAGCCGCAGGCGGAGCCGGCGACCGCGGGGCCGAUCCCGAGCCGGCCGCCGGCGCCCGCCGCCACCCGGCCGGCGGCGCCGUCAGCCAGCAUCCCGGUGGCGGCGGUGCGGCACUCGAUGGCGCUGGAGAAGGGCGAGGUCAAGCUGCCGCCGGCCGACCCCACCGCCGAGAUCACCGGCACGCGAACCGAGCAGCGCGUCAAGAUGAGCAGAAUGCGCCAGAGAAUAGCGCAGCGACUCAAGGACGCUCAGAACACCAACGCCAUGCUCACCACCUUCAAUGAAAUCGACAUGAGCAACAUCAUGCAGCUGCGGAAGCAGCACCAGGAGGCAUUUGUGAAGAAGCACGGCAUCAAGAUCGGCUUCAUGUCCGCCUUCGUGAAGGCGUCGGCGUACGCGCUGACCUACCAGCCGACGGUGAACGCCGCCAUCGACGGCAACGAGAUCGUGUACCGCGACUACGUGGACAUCUCGGUGGCCGUGGCCACGCCCAAGGGCCUGGUGGUGCCUGUACUCCGCAGCGUGGAAGGCAUGAGCUACCUGGACAUCGAGAAAGGCAUCGAGGCGCUCGGAGCCAAGGCCAAGGACGGCUCGCUGGCUGUGGAGGACAUGGACGGCGGCACGUUCACCAUCAGCAACGGCGGCGUGUUCGGCUCCAUGUUCGGCACGCCCAUCAUCAACCCUCCGCAGGCGGCCAUCCUCGGCAUGCACGGCAUCUUCCAGCGGCCGGUCGCGAUUGACGGCAAGGUGGAGAUCCGUCCGAUGAUGUACGUGGCGCUGACGUACGACCACCGACUGAUCGACGGCAGGGAGGCGGUCACCUUCCUGCGCCACAUCAAGGCGGCCGUCGAGGACCCGCGCGUUCUGCUGCUCGGCCUCUAGACGAGCGGCGGUAUCUCCCCCAGGCGGGCUCGCAGGCGGGCCCCUGACGCUUGGCCCCGCCGCCUCCAAGGACGGCGAGCCGGCCGCGGGCCCGCUGCUAGACAGGCGUAGGUGCAAUGGGUGUGCCGCGUGCGGUGGCCCGGCACGUGUGACUGCGACCGGCCCGUGUGCGGCGUGGGACGUGGCGCUUGCCUCGACUCAGCAAGGCCACCACACCGACCUCGGCCGGCGUCGCGACCGCAGCGCGCGCCACCACCGGCUCUCUCGGGAAUAUCGUCAGCAGUUGACGCCAUUGUCGGGUUUUGUACGCUGGCAAACUGGUCCCACAGUGGACCCCGGUGGGUGCUAAUGGCGGCUCCUCCGUGCUGUCGUUGCGCCGAGUGCCGCUUACGGAAUUUAACGCGAGUUAGCUGGCUUCAAGCGAGUUUUAAAGGAGUCGGCCAAGUUCGCUAUUGAUGACCUUUCAGUGACCACAUGCACAACGGCGGCUCGAUGCGUGCGAUGGACCACCCCUCCCCGUGUACAUAUUGUUAUCACCCCGUGCGGAGUGAAAAGACGCGUGCCUGGUGCCGCGGCGGGACGGGGUUGCGUCCUGACUGGCGCGGAGUCAGUCGGGGGUCGGGCCUGACUGCCAUUCUGAACCGGUGCGAGUGAAGCUAUUAAUACAGGAUUCAGCGAUCACUC